UUUACAUACUAAGUUGCUAUAAUUUCCGGAGUCAGAACAUUAGUGGAGGUGGGGCCGAUUCAGGAACAACAAGAAUUGCGGGGGAAUGAACCCCCUCAAUUUCUCCUUCUCCUCUUUUCCCGUCACUCACAACCAUCAUUACCACCUCCUGCUUUCCAGGAACCAGUCUGUCCAAUUGAACUCCUGCACGGAAUGCACAGCAAGCAUAGCCAUAUGGCUUUGAAUUUACCCGAGCCUAUCGCGACAGCACCCUGCAUACAUGAAACCCCUAUAGCGUUGCCAGACAUGACGUGGUUAUCCCAUGCUAGUUCUGGUUCCUAGAGGCAAGCAAUAAUGCUUCGCUCCUACAAAUGCGGGGUUACAUUGCCGGCAAAUAUCAUAAGAUGACGCCCUCAGUCCGCGUCCUGUUCUUCCCUCAAGCUCUAUUUUCGACUGCAAGUCAAGCUAUAUUAUAUGAUUACGGCUCUUCACCCUCGCCAUGAAGCUCCUGACCUCCUGUGCAAUACUAGCUUCGGCACUCACUGCCUGCGCUGAAUCAGAGCCCGGCUACUAUGCAAACUUGACGUGGGAGCAGCCUCGGACUCUAUCGAAUUGGAGCAAUCUCACCGUUGAGACUCAAACAGGGACAUUCAUCGGCAUGCUGAACGAUACCUAUCCGGACGUUCGCCAGUUCUUGCUCGUUCCUUAUGCUCAGCCACCAGUUGGAGACCUUCGCUGGCUGCCUCCGCAAAAGUUGAAAAAGACGAGUCGAAAGUUUGACUCGACGCGAUAUGGCCCAGCGUGUCCGCAGUAUGUCUCUACCUAUGAUAGCAUCUGGACCGAGUUUUCGCCAACCGCAUUACUCUACAACCUCGGUGAGACGCGCACCCAGGGCUCCACGGCCUGGUCGACAGCAGAAGAUUGCCUGUCCUUGGCGAUUUGGACUCCAGCGUCAGCAAAUCACCGUUCCAAUCUCCCUGUGGCACUUUUUGUGACCGGUGGCGGCGGGGUUACCGGUGGCAUUGCCAUCCCAUCCCAACUGCCACCCCACUGGGUCUCGCGCUCCCAGGAGCAUAUUGUAGUCACGAUGAACUACAGAGUCAACAUAUUCGGGAAUCCCAAAUCCAGAGCUUUGGAUGAGACAUCACUCACCCUACUCGACGUGCGAGCCGCGGUUGAAUGGGUAUAUGAGAACAUUGAAUCCUUCGGUGGGAACAAGGACAACAUUAUGUUAUGGGGCCAAUCUCAAGGUGCCGCUCUCACUCAUCUCUACACCCUCGCCUUUCCCGACGACCCCUUAGCCGCGAAAUUCGGCAUCCUCUCCCAACCUCCGUCUGUGACCAUCGACCUCAGCACCACCGAUGAUGUCUACCAAGAUUUCGAUAUCGUGGCCCAAGCUCUGGGCUGCAACUACGGCAGCGACGCUACCGCCGCAUUAGAGUGCAUGCGUAAAGUCUCCUGGGUGCAGAUCUCGGAAUACAUCAACCGCUACAGCGCCUCUCCGUCGAUCUCAUUCAGCAGCUACAUCCCGGACGAGACAUAUAUUUUUGCAAAUGAGACCCAACGCUACCAAUCCGGAAAAGUCGCCCGAGGGCCGGCCAUCCGCUCCAACGUGGAUCGCGAAUCAGCCAGCACGAACCUGACGGCCUCCGAGAUCACCGAGAUGGAAUGGAGCUGCGCCACUGCGUCGGAUGCAGCGAUGCGAAAGGUCGUUGGGUUAGACACGUAUCGGUAUUUCUGGGCAGGAAACUUCACCAACAUCUCCCCAACCCCUUGGCUCGGCGCCUACCACUCCUCCGACCUUCUGAUGGUCUUCGGGACAUACAUGAAGCAGAUCGGGGACGUCCCCGAUCUAGAGGUGCUCACGUCAGAGAAGAUGCAGGAUUACUUCCUGGCAUUUUUGAAAGAUGCCACCUCCGUGGCUGAGACGGUGGGGUGGGCGCCGUUCGAUCCGGAGGGAGCGAAUGGAGGCACAAUUGUCGAAUUUGGCAAGGGUACCGCAGCACGAAACGUGACGGGGGAUUGGUUGGAUAAGGCGUGUGAGAGUGGUGCUUUGGAGGAUGUGAGGAUUUGGGGGUAGGGAGAUAGGUUUUGUGGCUAGGUAUGCAGAUAUCCCUUACCAGAAAAGGUGAUGGUGGUUGUUUAUAGUGAUAUCUGCAUAACCCCACUGAUGACGAUGAGUCAUCAAUGCACAUAACUACUGCUCGCAUGCACCCAGUUCUUCUACUUAGCCGGCCGUGGGCAGGCAGACGGGUGAAUUAGAUAC